AUGGAAAACCAAGACCCGGGCAGCAAGAAAACCCUUCGCAGGAGCAGCAACAGCCACCUAUCAAUGUCCGACACCGAGUCGACGGCGAGUCAGGUCGAUUCCUGGCACUCACCCCUCCGAUCCGACUCGCCCUUCCGCUCGGACGACCCCUACUUCCACCACGAGGCCGACAACCCCGGCAGCAGGAGCGGCAAAUCGCUAGCCGUGGCCGACAGGUUCUACUCACCGGGGCCGUCUCCGGGGAAGCCCAAUCCGCCGGUGAGCCCCACGGCCGCCGCCGGUAGAGUCAAGGGCUGGCGGCCGUGGCCCCACUCGGAGAAGCGGCCGUCGGAGAACUCCAUCGAUUUUCCGGGGAAGGAGAGCUCGGCGGUGGUGCUCGGGGUCAAUAGGUUGGUGAGGGAGGAGCCGCCGGCCGCGGUGAGGAAGGUGGGGGCGGUUUGGGGCGGCGGAGGCCGGCUGGAGGAGGGGUAUGGUGGCGGUGGGGAGGGGCAGACGAGGGAGGCGGCGGUGGCGGACAUAGUGAGGCGGUCGGAGAGGAAUGUGGCAGUGAAAAAGGUGGCGCUGGUGCUCAGGGUGUUUGAGUUGAUGGCGUGUUUGGUUUCAUUCUCGGUUAUGGCGGCCGACAAGACUCAGGGGUGGAGUGGGGAUUCGUUCGAACGGUAUCUCGAGUACAGAUAUUGUCUAGCUGUGAACGUUAUAGGUUUUGUGUAUUCUGGUUUCCAAGCAUAUUGUCUGGCGUACCAUUUGGGCACAGAGAAGCAUGUCAUCUCUCACCAUUUACGUUACCAUUUUGAUUUUUCAAUGGAUCAGAUGGUGGCCUAUUUGCUGAUGUCAGCAUCCUCAUCAGCAGCUACAAGGGUGACGGACUGGAUUUCAAAUUGGGGUAAAGACGAGUUCACAAUAAUGGCUAGUGCAUCAAUCGCCAUGUCGUUUUUGGCGUUCUUUGCCUUUGCUUUGAGCUCUCUCAUUUCUGGUCACAAUUUCUACAACCGUCAUUCGACCUGA